UAUUUUUUAUUUUUAAAAAAUUUUAUAUAACAACGAAAGAGAGUCAGAGACACCCAGACACAGAGGCGGAUUGAUUUCCAGCGCCAGAAUUUUGACUUCUCUGUGGUGCUUCCACUGAUUCCUGGAUUCUCGUCACAACUUGGUUCACCUUAGCUGUUUCUUGAAUGGAGGAUGUGAAAAGUAUGCAGGAAUAUGCUCCGUCGGAAUGCUCUAUUGUAUCUGAGGAAUGGGCAAACAGUGCAUCUGAAACGAGCGAAAACAUCAAUGGAAAAACGAGCCAUGAAUUGCAAGCUUCAGCAGCUUCAGAUAGUUGUAAAGUCGAGCACGAUGGUGGGUACCUGGAAGAGGAUCAAUCUUCUCCAUCGGGAAAUUUGAUUCCAACUUCUCCGGUCAAAGAAAGCGAAACGGGUAAAACAUUCGAAACUGAAUCUCCCCAAAAUAGGGCUCUACUUGAGGUGGAAGCAUUACUUCCACUAACAGAGAAUCCAGAACCAUUGGAGCGCCGCAGAGAUGAAAAUUCUACGGCUCUCCCGGAAUCCCUUCCUUUGCCUGUCUUAGAUGCAAAGCCAAGCGAUUUCGGUUCUCUCCCCGGUGCUGAUAGCCAACCAAAUAGUAUUUCUGAUGAGCCUGCAAUUUCACGAGAUGCCUCACCUUUGUUACCCGGUCAUUCAGACACGUUGAAACUUCCAGAAGAACAUAUAUCUGUCCUGCCAAAUCAGUCCGAAACAGGAGCCACGGUUGCUUCAGAGUUAUCUAGAGAUGUUAGUUCUCCUAACAGUACCGGAAAUGGUGCCGACACACCAUCCGCCUCAUCCCAUACAGCAAGAGAGGCCGAGAAUGACAAUAAUUCAGAAAAAAGCGCCAAUGAUGGGUUAGAGCAAUCUACAGAAGCAAGUCCUCACAGCGUUACCAAAAAUGAUGCCGAUACAUGUCUGACCUCAUCCUGUGAAGUGGAAGGGACCGAAAGUGCUGAUCACUCGGAAACGAGGACAAGCGAUGCUUCAGAGCUAUCCAAAGAGGCUAUUUCCUCUACGAGUACCAAAAAUGGUGCAGAUACACCAUUUGCCUCAUCCCCUCAAGUGAGCAAGGACGAGAGUGGGAGUCAGUUAGAAAGAAGUGCCAAUAAUGCAUCAGAAUUAUCGAGAGAAGUUAGUUCUCAAAGCAGUGAUAAAAACAAUGCUGGUACAGAUUCUACUUCACCCCCUCAAGCGAGAGAGACUCAAAGUGGAAGUAAUUUUGUGACAUCAGGUCACGGUGGCCAGGCUCUAGCAAAACUUUCCAACCUCUUUUUUAAAACCUCAGCCCCUAGCCCUUCCAAACAGCCCGAAAAUGCUCAAAUUGACACAGCAGCGCCUUUUGAAUCAGUGAAGCAAGCUGUUUCUAAAUUUGGUGCCAUUGUUGACUGGAAAGCUCAUAAAGCUCAGACUAUGGAGAGACGAAAGUUUAUUGAUCAUGAACUACUUAAAGUGCAUGAAGAUAUUCCAUUGUUAAAAAAACAGUGCGAAGAUGCUGAAGAGGCAAAAGUGCACGUUUUGAAGGAGUUGGACAGCACUAAAAGACUAAUUGAAGAAUUGAAGCUUAACCUCGAGAGAGCAGAAAUAGAGGAGCAACAAGCAAAACAGGAUUCCGAGCUUGCAUUGCUCCGAGUGGAAGAGAUUGAGCAAGGAAUCACAGAUGAGGCUAGCGUUGCCACCAAAGUGCAGCUUGAGGUAGCUAGAGCCAGGCAUAUAGCUGCCGCAUCUGAGCUGGAAAGCGUGACGGCUGAAUUGGAACAAAUCCGGGUAGAUUAUACUCUAAUGGAGUAUGAUAGAGAUGCAUGGGUAAAAAAGGCAGAGGAAGCCGUUUUGACUUCCAAAGAAGUCGAGAAGACCGUGGAGGAUUUAACUAUCGAGCUUAUAACCUUGAAGGAAUCCUUAGAUGCUGCACAUGCUGCGCAUUUGGAGGCCGAGGAACACAGACUUGGAACAGCAAUGGCGAGAGAGCAAGAUAUUCUAUACUGGGAGAAAGAAGUCAAGCUGGCAGAAGAGGAGCUCGAGAAGACAAACCAGCAGAUUGAGUCUGUAAAGGAUCUCAAAUCAAAUUUAGACUCUGCUUCGGCCUUGCUGCAAGAUCUGAAAGCAGAAUUGGCCAGUUAUAUGGAAUCAAAUCGGGAAGCAGAAACUGAUAGAGGAAACUCAAAAGGUGAGUUGGCAGAACCAGAAAUGAAGACUCAUUUCGAAAUGCUAGCAGCAGUGGAGUCAGCGAGGAAGGAACUCGAAGAAGUGAAGCAUAAUUUAGAGAAAGCCACGGACGAAGUGAAUUGCUUGAAAGUGGCAGCCACUUCAUUGAAGUCGGAACUGGAAAAGGAAAAGUCGGAGAUUUCCACCAUUCAGCAGAGAGAAGGAAUGGCAUCAAUCGCGGUUGCAUCUCUCGAAGUCGAGCUAAACAAGACCAAGUCAGAAAUUGCCCUCGCACAGAUCAAAGAGAAAGAAGCUAGAGAAAGGUUGGCGGUGCUUCCGAAACAACUGCAAGAGGCAGCACGAGAGGCAGACCUCGCAAAGUCGGUUGCUGAAACAGCUCGUGAAGAGCUGAGAAAAGCAAAGGAGGAAGCAGAGCAAGUGAGUGCUACAGCUAGAACCAUGGAAAGUAGAUUACUUGCAGCUCGAAAGGAGAUCGAAGCUGCAAAAGCUACAGAGAAAUUGGCAGCAGCAGCUAUGAAUGCACUGGAAGAGAGUGAAUCAGCUCAAGGUGAGGGUUCAAAAACUGGAGUAACAGUUUCUUUAGAAGAAUAUUAUGAGCUGAGCAAGAAGGCCCACAAGGCAGAAGAGCAAGCUAAAAUGAGGGUGGCUGCUGCUCUCUCUCAAAUUAAGGUAGCCAAGCAGUCUGAGAUGAAAAGCCUGUAUAGGCUGGAGGAAGUUAAUUCUGAGUUAUCUGUAAGAAAGGAGGGUCUACGAGUUGCACUAGAGAAGUCCGAGAUAGCCAAGAAAGGGAAGAUGGCUGUAGAACAAGAGCUGAGAAAAUGGAGGUCAGAGAAUGAGCAAAAACGAAAAGGCACUGAAUCUAAUCCAGUAGCAACUCCACCACUUACCCCGAGAUCAGGUGAAUCAAAACCGGACUUUGCCUUUAGACUUCACCAUAGGUUUAGCCCAAACGGACAUAAGAAUCCAAGCAACCCGAAAGAAUCAUCUAUUGUGCAAGAAAGCAAACCUGAUUCAUCUAAUGACGGGAAGAACUCGAAGAAAAAGAAGAAAGCAAUCCUACCACGGAUCUUCAUGUUCUUAUCCAAAAAGAAAGUACCGUCUAAGUCUGCAUGAUACUCUCUGCAUACAGAAUCAAGACAUAUCACCUCUCUUUUUGGGGCCUUUCCAGAUCAAAAGGAUAAGCUCUUGAAAAACAUUGAUUGUACAUGCUUUGCAUUGUUUUUGUGUACAAUAAUCUUUUUAUUUUCACACAUUAAAAGGCAAAGUAGCUGGUACAUUGCCUUAAGGGAAUAAGUUCAUUACAUGUUUGGUUGGGAAAGGGUAAUAAGGCUUUUUUGUAGUUACAUUGUGCUUCUUAUAGUGUAUAUAUUCCUGCAAGUUUUGUAAAGAUUUCAGAAGGUUCCUUGUUUUUCUUUCUAUAAAACUUGUACGCCUGUCAAUUUUAUAUCA